CUCUCUUCCAAUCCAUAGCCCUAGCUUUUCAAUUCAAGGCAAAAUGUUGGAGCUGAGGCUUGUCCAGGGGAGUCUUCUGAAGAAGGUGCUGGAGGCGAUCAAGGACCCGGUGAACGACGCCAAUUUCGACUGCUCGGCCACGGGCUUCUCGCUGCAGGCCAUGGACUCGAGCGACGUCGCCCUGGUGGCUCUGCUUCUCAGAUCCGAGGGGUUCGAGCACUGCCGAUGCGAUCGGAACAUAUCAAUGGGGAUGAACCUGGGGAACAUGGCCAAGAUGCUCAAGUGUGCCGGCAACGAUGAUAUCAUUACCAUCAGGGCCGACGAUGGCAGUGGUACUGUCACCUUUAUGUUUGAAAGCCCUAGUAACUAAGGAUAAAUUGCUGAUUUUGAGAUGAAGUUGUUGGGCAUUGACAGUGAGCAUCUUGGAAUUCGAGAAGCAGAGUAUCAUGCUAUUGUGCAGAUGCCUUCUGCAGAAUUUGCUAGGAUUUGCAAAGAUCUCAGCAGUAUUGGUGAUGCUGUUGUGAUCUCUGUGAAAGGCAUCAAGUUCUCAACAAGAGGUGAUAUAGGAACUGCAAAUGUUGUUUGUAGGCAGAAUACCACAGUGGACAAGCCAGAGGAAGCUACAGUUAUUGAGAGGAAUGAGCCAGCGUCAUUGACAUUUUCUCUAAGGUACAUGAACUCCUUCACAAUGGCAACGCCUUUGUCAAACACGGUCACGAUAAGUUUGUCGUCCGAGCUUCCUGUUGUGGUUGAGUACAAGAUUGCUGAGAUGGGUUAUAUCCGGUUCUACUUGGCUCCUAAGAUAGAAGAGGAUGAUGAUGAGGCUAAGCCCUGAGUUUAAAAUUUUUAAGUUAUGAUAUUCAGCAUACCGUCUGGUGUUGAUUUAAUCUGCCAUUGUGUUGGCAAAGAACAUGUUUCGGGUAUUUCUUUUAUUUCAUUUCUAGUUAAAAUGAGUUCGAAAAAAUCAUGGUAGCCUAGAUGAUUUUUGUUUUCUAUUUUAUGGAUAGGCUGUAGUUUAGAUGAUUAUAGGAAAUCUUGGGCAGUUUCUGAAUUUAGUGAUGAAUUACAAAAAAAAUUAGGUAGUUUUUAAAAUUCAUCUUUUCACCUCGUCUGCUCAAUUCUCAAGCAGACAUUAUGUUAAACUUCGUGUGCAUUUGUUUUUUGAUUUCCUCUCCCACCCAGCCUCUGAACCCCUGACCUGACCUCAGACAAAUCAAACACUGAAGGCCAAGAAGCACUGUCAAAUCCCAAUAUACCCUUUUGCUUUGUGAGCUCACUUGCAUUAGUUUGUCUUAACUUCGGCUAUUCAGGUCUAAUCUUGCGCUUUACGGGUGCUGUUUCGAAUACAAGAUUUGGAUAAAAAUCUCCCUUUUCCUCUGUUCGUUUUACCAUUUAUUUGAUUGUUUUUCUCAAUGCUCUAAUAAUUUGGCUCAAAUACUUACAUGGCCUUCAAUUCAUUUUCAGAAUAAUUGAUUGACCUUGGAGGGCCCUCUUGACCAACAAUUUGUUUAAAUCAAAUUGAAUUAACAUAUUCAAGGUGUUAAAUA